AAGACUAGCCGUUGUGUUGCAAAGCUUCAAGCGCAUCGCAGAAUCCACUCAACCUAUUUCGAAGAAAAAAGGCACAAACGCCUCGAUAACUCUGUAUUCAUGUUGCUAAUACGAACCGACUGACAACCGCAUGGACUCUUUCUCAUGGGUGAAUAGUGUUGAUUGCCUAUCUGAGUGAAGUGGCCGGAAUACAGCGAAUUAGCAGAUUAGCCGAGCUCAAUCAUGACAGUGGCGGUGUUUUUCGGCUGUACAUUCAUCGCUUUUGGCCCGGCCAUCGCUUUGUUCCUCUUUACAAUCGCCCGGGAUCCGCUUCGUGUGAUCUUUCUCAUUGCAGGGGCAUUUUUCUGGCUGGUGUCUGUGCUGCUGUCCUCUCUUGUGUGGUUCAUCACAGUUCAGAUCAGCAACAAGAACAGUGCAACUCAGCAGAGAGGACUGCUUAUUUUUGGAGUGGUGCUUUCUGUGUUGCUUCAAGAGGUUUUCAGAUUUGGUUACUACAAGUUGCUUAAGAAAGCAAAUGAUGGCCUAUUGACACUCAGUCAAGAGGACACCAUGCCCAUCUCCAUGCGGCAGCUAGCCUACGUGUCUGGUCUGGGCUUUGGGUUUAUGAGUGGAGCAUUCUCUGUGGUCAACAUACUGUCUGACUCUCUGGGCCCAGGAACUAUUGGCAUCCAUGGCGACCCUCAACAUUAUUUUAUAUCCUCAGCAUUUAUGACACUGGCCAUUAUUUUGCUGCACAUGUUUUGGGGUGUUGUUUUCUUUGAGGCAUGUGAGAAACAGAGAUGGUGGGCUCUUGGAGCAGUGGUCAUCAGUCAUCUACUAGUAUCAUGCCUGACAUUUGUGAACCCAAAUUAUCAGGGGAGUCUGAUUCCAACCUACAUCAUACUGUCUGUCAUGGCAGUCUGGGCAUACUUGUGUGCUGGAGGAUCUUUGAGGAACCUCAAACUCUGUCUCACCUGUAACGAUAGAGACUUCCUGCUGGCCAAUCACAGGCCUAGAUAACCCAUCAGCUCCAAAAACAGGCUCACAGAGCCAAUGGUUCAACAUGGCCAGCAGUCCUGGACUCUUUAUCUGGCUUAUUGCCUGGGAAGUUUGCAUAAGAAUUGUUGCCCAAUAGCAGAAGUUUUUACAUCUGCAGAUCUGGCACUUUCUGUAAUUACCUCCUCUUAUAUUUUUUGUUCUGUGUGUGAGAUGCGGAAAGCAUCCAAGUGUGUGAGUUUUAUAUGGAAGGAUUCUGUAAACAUGUCAAGAGCUGCAUUCUUGUGAUUCUCACUACUGUAGCAGGGUUUGAAAGAGGCCUUAUAUAGGGCUCACUUUGAAAUGUUUUUUUUUUUUUCCUCUUGUGCCUCCAGUCAUGUUUUCUUUAUUACGUUUUAAUUGUCAAAUGAGACUCAAAAUGAAUUUUUCUGUCCUCUCAUCAGUCUUACAAUGCAUUAUUCAGCUUUAAUUCUCAAACCCUGGAGUGCAGCAUUGUAUAUUAUCCAGUCAAUGUGUUUGUAAUUUUGUCUCCUUUUUUGCACACCUCUUCCUAGGGCAGCAGUCUUAUUUUGCCAUAUAUUUUUAACCACUUGGGUGAAGUUGAAACUAAUUUGUACAGGAACCUCUUAAUGAUAUUAAUUACAUAGGUGGGUCAGUGGUAUCUCUUCAGAUGUCACUUUCAUUGGACUGUCAUAUGCUAUUAGUUACCAUUGGCUGUAAACUUUAUGAAAUUUCCAUUUUUAUUAAAGUAGAUUGAGAUCAAA